AUGCAGUCGUGCGGAGGCGCCGCGGCGGGACGCCGAGCCUUCGACAGCAUCUGCCCCAACCGGAUGCUGGAGCUGCGGGGCCGGCCUUUCGUCAAGCCCGGGAAGCUGGAGAGGAAGUUCGCCCCUCCGCGGAAGUUCUUCCCUGGUUGCAGCGGCAGCAGCCCAGUGUCGGUGUACGAAGAUCCCCCGGCCGCGGAGCCCGCUGCGCUGCCAGCGCUCACCACCAUAGACCUGCAGGACCUCGCGGACUGCUCCUCGCUACUCGGGUCCGACGCGCCGCCUAGUGGUGACUUGAUCGCCUCGCAGAACCAUUCUCUGCAAACUGCAGCGGACUUCGAUCUGCAGGAUUUCAGAGACACAGUGGAUGAUCUCAUUGCAGACUCAUCCUCUUUGAUGUCGCCUCCUCUGGCCGGCGGAGACUUCCCCUUCUCUCCUUGCGACGUAUUGCCAUUUGGGCCCUGUCUCUCUCCGCCGCUGGACCCAAGGGCCCUGCAGUCACCGCCGCCGCGCCCUCCGGACGUGCCCCCGCCGGAGCAGUACUGGAAGGAGGUGGCCGACCAGAACCAGAGGGCACUGGGGGACGCGCUCGUUGAGAAUAACCAACUGCACGUGACGCUGACCCAGAAACAGGAAGAGAUCGCCUCGCUCAAAGAGCGGAACGUUCAACUGAAGGAACUUGCCAGUCGGACCCGGCACCUGGCCUCGGUGCUGGAUAAGCUGAUGAUCACACAGUCCCGGGAUUGCGGAACGACAGCCGAGCCCUUCCUGCUCAAGGCGACGGCCAAAAGGAGCCUGGAGGAGUUGUUCAGUGCUACCGGGCAGGAUUGCGCGGAAGUGGACGCCAUCCUGAGGGAGAUUUCCGAGCGCUGCGAUGAAGCGCUGCAGAGCCGCGACCCCAAGCGGCUGCGGCUACAGCCGGAGCCCGCGAGCAAGGCAGGCAUGCCGGGGAACCUGCACGGCACCUUCCGGGGGCUGCGCACAGACUGCAGCCGGAGCGCGCUGAACUUGAGCCACAGUGAGCUGGAAGAGGGCGGCUCCUUCAGCACCCCCAUCCGCAGCCAUAGCACCAUCCGCACCCUCGCUUUCCCCCAGGGCAAUGCCUUCACCAUUAGGACAGCCAACGGGGGGUACAAAUUCCGCUGGGUCCCCAGUUGA